UUAUUGUCAACCCAACAGUAGAUGAUGAUAAACUCCACUCAGGUUUCUUAUUUCAUACUUGCUGCCUACUUUGACUUCAGUCUCUUUACAUACUUUUACUUCACGACUGUUAUGUGUCUUUAUAUUUUCAUAGUUGGUUCCAAUGUGUUUCUCAUUGUGGUUAUCUGCAUGAACAGAAGCUUACAUGAACCUAUGUACCUUUUCCUGUGCAGCCUGUUUGUAAAUGAACUGUAUGGUAGUACAGGGUUGUUUCCAUUCCUUCUGCUUCAGAUCCUCUCUGACAUUCACACUGUUUCUAAACCUGUUUGCUUCCUGCAGAUCUUCUGUGUGUAUUCUUAUGGAAGUAUAGAGUUUCUUAAUUUAGCCAUCAUGGCUUAUGACAGAUAUCUUGCUAUCUGCUUUCCUCUGCAAUAUAACACACGGAUGACGUCUAAGAGAGUUGCCGUCUUCAUUGCUGUGAUAUGGUUACCUCCAAUUCUUGUGAAUUUUUUUACACUGCCAUUAAUUGUUCCUUUGCAGCUGUGUGGAAACAUCAUCAACAAAGUUUACUGUGACAAUCACUCUGUGGUGAAGCUGUCCUGCCAUGACACCACAGUCAAUAACAUUUAUGGAUUACUUGUUACUGCUGUCUCAGUCUUUGGUCCUCUCAUUUUAAUUCUUUACACGUACAUAAAGAUUCUUAAAGUUUGUUCUGCUGGUUGUAAAGAGAGCCGACAGAAAGCCGUCAGCACCUGCACACCUCACCUCGUUUCACUGCUCAACUUCACUUUUGGAGCUUGUUUUGAAAUAUUACAGAGCAGGUUUAAUAUGAGUGGAGUACCCAACGCAUUACGCAUCUUUUUAUCAUUAUACUUUCUGACAUGCCCGCCCAUUCUCAACCCUUUAAUGUACGGCCUGAAACUGUCCAAAAUCCGUGUGACAUGUAAAAGCUUGAUAUCAAAUGUUGGCUCAUAG